AUGGCCAUCACUAUCAGUCCCGCUACAACGGACCAGAUCCCAGCCAUUGUCAGUUUUGUCAUGGCGGGGCGGACCAAGAUGUUCCCCAUGCUUGAUCCACGCAUCCCACUCGCCGAUCUCGCCAACUUCCAGCAAACUUAUCUUGACCACGCAGAUGGCUUCUUUUUAACUGCUCAUGCAGACGGUCAGCUGGUUGCGACCAUUGCUUAUCUGGCGUACGAUCAUCGGUUCCCGCACCUCAAUCUCGGCCAGGAGCGCAUUGUCGAGGUUGUUCGCUUAUAUGUCAGCCCCUUGUGGCGCCGAGGGGGCCUCGCGUCCAUGUUAUUCAGUCAACUCGUGCAGCAGGCUCAGAAAGCCGGCAUCGAACGGUUUUACCUGCACACGCAUCCUUUCUUACCUGGGGCCGUCCAGUUCUGGGAAAGGCAGGGGUUCACGUUACUCGACGUCGAGAAAGACCCGGUUUGGCGGACAACUCAUAUGACCAGAUUGUGCAAAAGCUCUUCAACACAAGAGGAAAGUUGGAUUGGCUCGUCUAUUUCGGGUCAGCCUUGGGACAAGAUUCAAAAUGGUUGGAGUGACAGGGACGUCAUACAUCUCAACGAUACGAAUGUCUUGGCGUGUCUCGACGAGGAUGGGGCGAUGAGAUAA